AUGGAAAUCAUCGAGUUAAACUGUCAUAAUAGUAGUCAAGUUCCUGAAACAUUACAUAUAUUAAUGAAUGGUCUCCCAAAAUUGAAUUUUAUCAUUUUUCAUGGUUUUUUGACUGGUGAAAAUCAACAGGAAUCAAAAAUGCGAGAUCUUCAGAAGCAUUGUAGGCGUGCUUACCGAAUGGAAUAUCGUGGAUCACUUACUGAUGUUACAAUACUUAAUAUAUGGCUUCAAUAA